GUUUGUGGAAGAAGUAGAACUAUAGUUGACGCUCACAACACUCUUUCUUUCUUCUUCUUCUUCUCUCUCCGUCUAACACACAACACAACAGCUUCUUCACUCUCCUCUUAAUCAGGAGCCCUCUAAUAUUCCCACUUCCUCCUGUUUCUGCACAAUUAGAUCUCAAAUUCCGGCAAUCUUUAUCGGAAAAAUCAAGAUUCACGGCAACUCUAUCUACUGAAAAGAGACUACCGUUAAACUUAAUUUGGAUCUAUUACAAUUCUCUUCUUCAUAGUUUUGGGAUUUUGGAAGUGGAACUGCUUCCUUCCAACUAUCAGUAUACCGGUGACAAAUUUUCAAGGAUGUGGAUAUCCUUUCGGGUUUAGAUGACUGUGCUGGAGUAUGACUGUGAUCUUGGUUUUUCUGGUUUCAACUAGAAACUAGAAAGUUUUUUUUUUUCCUCAGAUGGUUUGACAAGUUAAGAGUUAAAAGAAACGAAUACGAGACAAGAUGAUAGGCAGACCACUUGUGUUGACGUAUCUAUACCUUUUACUAUACAUAUUUUUAUCCUCGGGGGUUAUUUUGUAUAACAAGUGGGUUCUUUCUCCUAAAUACUUCAAUUUUCCGUACCCGAUCACAUUGACUAUGAUUCAUAUGGGAUUUUCUGGCUUGGUAGCAUUUAUUCUUGUUCGCGUUCUGAAGGUUGUAGCACCUGUUAAAAUGACAUUUGAAAUAUAUGCAACUUGUGUGAUUCCCAUCAGUGCUUUUUUUGCAUCAAGCCUUUGGUUUGGUAACACUGCUUAUCUGCAUAUUUCCGUCGCCUUCAUUCAGAUGCUCAAGGCUUUAAUGCCUGUGGCAACAUUUGUCAUGGCUGUUAUAUGUGGUACCGACAAAUUAAAGUGUGACGUGUUCACAAACAUGUUGCUGAUCAGUGUUGGCGUUGUAAUUUCCUCUUACGGGGAGAUUCAUUUUAAUGUAGUUGGUACACUAUACCAGGUUACAGGAAUAUUUGCUGAGGCUCUGAGGCUGGUUUUAACUCAAGUUCUUCUGCAAAAGAAAGGCUUGACACUAAAUCCUGUCACCAGCUUAUAUUACAUAGCACCGUGCAGUUUUGUUUUUCUCUUUAUCCCUUGGUAUUUACUGGAGCAACCAGAAAUGGAAGUUUCCCAGAUUCGAUUCAACUUCUGGAUAUUUUUCUCGAAUGCUCUUAGUGCUCUUGCUUUGAACUUUUCAAUUUUCUUAGUGAUUGGUAGAACUGGAGCAGUCACCAUCCGUGUUGCUGGUGUUUUGAAGGACUGGAUAUUGAUUGCUCUUUCAACAGUUAUCUUUCCCGAAUCUACAAUUACUGGCCUGAAUAUUAUCGGCUAUGCGAUUGCUCUAGUUGGUGUUGUCAUGUACAAUUACUUGAAAGUCAGGGAGGGGCGUGGAUUACAACUUCCAUCUGAAAGUGUCAUGGAUAGAACAGCUAAGGACUGGAAGUUAGAUAAGAAAUCAUCUGACCUGUACAUACCCAAUAGUGUUAAAGACGGUGGCGGUGGAGGAAAUGAAUCUGCUUCUGAUCCGAAGGUGGAUGAGGAAGCACCUCUCAUCCCGUCUUCACGAACAUUAUCUCACAUUGGUCGAAGCCAGGUUACUAGUCAUACCGCUUGAUGUUUCAAUGUGUGUUGGUGAUUUUCUUUUUUCUUCUAAGAACUUUCUCAGCAGUAGAGGCUUUUUCUUUUUGCAAAAAGGAAGGAGAAGAGGGAAUGAAUUCCUGUUUAGAAAAGCGUAGCUGUAGCGUAGUAGUUAACAAGGCUUUUCUUUUGUGAAGAAAUAUCAUUCUUUGCAGAGCAUGUUAAAUUUUGCUUAUAUCAGAAAUUCACAAUGGUGGUAUAAUAUUCCUUGUAGAACAACUUCAUUUUGUAGUGGAAGUAUAAUUCUUUUCUUCCGUC